AUGUCGUUUGUGAUGCAUGAGAUUGUCUAUUUCGGCCGUUCUCUUCCCUGGAUAUUCAUCGACACUUUGGGCUUGUUUAAGAAUUAUAAAAUUCAGAAUUAUGUCCGCAGGCUUUUCCACCCCAUGGCUCAGUUCUUCGGUCUGUCUACGUCGGUUCCUUUUCCCUCUGUUUGGACCAUGAUGUACCAGAUCGCCAUUUUCUUUGUUCUUGAGGAUACAUGGCAUUAUUUCUCUCAUCGUGCCCUCCAUUGGGGCCCUUUGUACAAGGCUAUCCAUAAAAUCCACCACCAGUAUUCGGCACCCUUCGGUAUGGCCGCCGAAUAUGCGUCGCCUAUUGAGGUUAUGAUUCUCGGGUUUGGGACCGUUGGAUGCCCCAUUCUUUGGUGUGCAUUGACUGGCGACCUGCAUAUCUUUACGAUGUAUGUCUGGAUUGUCCUACGACUCUUCCAGGCCAUUGAUGCGCACAGCGGCUAUGAGUUCCCUUGGAGUCUCCAUCAUUUCUUGCCUUUUUGGGCUGGAGCUGAUCACCAUGAUCUUCACCAUGAGAAAUUUGUUGGCAACUAUUCGAGUAGCUUCCGGUGGUGGGAUUAUCUUCUCGACACUGAAUACACGCCUGAAGCUCUCAAGCGCCGAAGGGAGGGCAAGAUUAUAAAAAAGGCUCAGUGA